AUGCCGGGAUUGGUAGGAGAGACAUAUAGUGCUUUUGUGAAAGGGAGAAAAAUUCAUGACGGCGCCCUCAUUGCUUGUAAGAUGAGAUUCGGUCAAAGAUGGAGGAAUUGGGUGAAGGAGUGUGUCAGUACGGCCACUAUGCCGGUCUUGGUGAAUGGGUCCCCAUCCAAGUCGUUCAAAAUGGAGAGCGGCCUAAGACAAGGAGAUCCUCUCUCACCUCUUCUGUUUGUGCUUGUGGUCGAUGUUUUGCAUAAGAUGUUGGGAGAAGCUGUUAGGAAUGGGUGCAUUGCUCCGCUGCUGGUCGAGAGAGAUCAUAUUGAAUUGUCACAUUUCCGAUUUGUAGAUGAUACUAUUUUGUUUUGUCCUCUGGAGACAGAGACAAUUGAGUGGGUAGAUCAUGUGUGUGGCCUUUUGGGGUGCAAGCAACCUGUCUUACCUAUUAGAUACCUGGGGAUUUCUUUAGGAGCAAAUCUACGCUUGGUGAAGACUUGGAAACUGAAAUUAGAUAAGGUGGAAGAGAAGCUCAGCUUAUGGAAAGCAAAGGUUCUCAACAAAGCAGGUGGUAUAGUCGGAGACUCUCUCGGAAGAGGUUACGAGUUAUAG